AUGGCUGAGACGGCUGCAAAGAAGGCUAAGAGUGACCGCAAGGUGGCCCUGAUUACUGGUAUCACUGGUCAGGAUGGCUCUUACCUCGCAGAGCUUCUGAUUGAAAAGGGAUACACGAGUUCAUCUCGACCGCUCUCACUCUGUCUUGUCAAUGGGUUUUGCUUUGUGGCUGCGGUGCAGGUCCACGGUAUCAUUCGCCGCUCGUCCAGCUUCAACACGGGUCGCAUUGCCCAUCUUUUUGCCAACCCUGUGACCCACGAGCAGAACAAGAUGGUUCUUCACUACGGUGACCUGACUGACUCUACCAACCUUGUCAAGAUUGUCAUGGAGGUCCAACCCACUGAGGUUUACAACCUCGGCGCCAUGAGCCAUGUCAAGGUAUCCUUUGACAUGGCCGAGUACACUGGCAACGUAGAUGGCUUGGGCACGCUGCGCCUGCUCGAUGCCCUUCGCACUUCGGGGCUGGGUGAUUCCGUGCGUUUCUACCAAGCUUCCACCAGUGAGCUCUACGGCAAGGUCCAGGAGAUCCCUCAAACAGAAAAGACGCCGUUUUACCCGCGCUCACCCUAUGGCGUGGCAAAGCUUUAUGGCUACUGGAUCGUGGUGAAUUAUCGCGAGUCCUAUGGCAUGCACUGCAACAAUGGCAUUCUGUUCAACCACGAAAGUCCACGUCGCGGUGCGUUUUGUUGGCCACCCAGUCGGCUGCUGCCUUGCCACCUGCGACUCGUCGCCUCUCGCCGCCGUCUUCAUCUUAUCAUGGACGGUCGGAACCUUCCCGUAGGCGAGACCUUUGUCACGCGCAAAAUCACGCGUGCCGUGGCCAAGAUCCAUCUUGGGCAGCAGGAAUCAGUCACCCUGGGCAACCUUGAUGCCUCACGUGACUGGGGUCACGCCAAGGACUACGUUGAGAUGAUGUGGCUCAUGCUGCAGCAAGAUACCCCGGACGACUUUGUCAUUGCCACGAACGAGGAGCACAGCGUGCGCGAGUUUGUCGAGGCCUCCUUCCGCCACAUUGGCAAGGAAAUUGUUUGGGAGGGCGAGGGUGUCAACGAGGUUGGCAAGGAAAAGGAUACUGGCAUCGUUCGUGUCAAGAUCAGCGAGCGAUACUAUCGUCCCGCUGAAGUGGAACGUCUCCUCGGCAACCCGGAGAAGGCCAAGCAAAAGCUGGGCUGGACGCCCAAAAUCUCGUUCACCGAACUUGUCACGGAGAUGGUUGAGGCUGACAUUAAGCUCAUGCGUGCCAACCCGUUGGCCUAG